AUGGCCGACAUCGUCGUUAGCAUUAUUGAAAGGGCUAUUUCAAUAGGACAAGAAAUCGCUGCGCGUAUAGCUGAUUAUAAGGACGCUGUUGAAAGUCUUAAGAAGUUGGAAAUUCUUUUGGGAGUGCUCAAAAAUGUUGUCGAAGAAAUUUAUGCUAAAGCUGAUAAAUCCAUUAUUAUCAUGAUCCAAACUACUGCACAAGAUACUGAAAAGGUCUACAUGAAUUGUGUUAAAGAACUAGACAUAAGAGAUAAAAAACAGCGUGAUAAGUUUGCGAAGUUGAAAAAGGUCGUUAGUGUAUAUAAGGCCCCUAAAAUUUUAUCCGAUAUCGAAAGUGCUAUUCAGAAAGUUCAACUCAAUCUUAAUAUCACCGAAAGUUCUCUGAGUAUCGUACGACAUGUUCAGGCCCUUGCCAACACAAUUGAUGAAUUAGUGGCAAGACUUAAAAAGGAAAUUCAAGAGCUUCAAAAAAAGCUCGAGAAUUGUACGCUUUCUGUUGAAUCUUCUUUCAUUGAAGGUUUGGGAAGCGACAAUCCCGAGGCUAUUUCAGUUUGGAAGGAUCGUUUUAGAUCUGCUGAGCUCAGCAUAUCAUCUAUUGCCCCAUACGAGUGUGUUUUCGUCUCCUGGGCUCGUUUUGUUCACGAACUUGAGGUAAACUUUCCGCUAAAGAAUAUCCCUACAGCAAUUAAGGAGGAUUAUUUCGGAGACAUUGACGCCAUACGCAAACAUGGUAACAGAUAUUAUAUUAAUCCAAAUGGAACGCGUAAUCUCAAAGACAUUCGGCCACUUUGGCUUCCAGCCUUAUGCGAAGCAUUGGAUCCACUCCAUAGAGGCUACGUUAACCCAUACAAUUACUUGUCUUUCCUUGACGGGAAAUCGCUGUCUAAUAAAUUAAGACAAAUCGUUCUCGAUAGCUGUGGAUAUGGCAUUUUUGUGGAAUGCCGGCGUACAAGGCAAGACAUUGCGUUACCUUCUGAAAUAGAGAGUCCUGCACACUCUGUUGGUUGGAUGUCUUUCUGCCAAAUUAUCUCAGUACCAUCACCGGAAGAACUUGGCAUAUUUAUAUAUGACGAGGGUACCAAGCCACAACUUAAGAAACUCAUUGAAAACUACACCUAUCCUAAAAAUGACAUUUGGGUAUAUGUUCGUUACCUCCAAACCGGCCAAAUUGAAAGAAAACUUCUCUCAGAGGACGUGAGAAUGCUCGGCGGGCUCCGUAUUGGAAUUUCAAUUGCUAUUUGUUACACUUUGGAAAACGGUUCAUGUUGGAGCGACAGCCUUUCAAUUGUGGGACUUAAAGCUUGUGCUGGUGGUCGUUACAUUGUGACUGCUGGUUCGAAAGAAAAUACUAUCGAGUUUGUAACAAAACCGCCAAUCGGUUUUGAUGAUCAUGCGGUUCGGAGUGAUCAACUCGAUAACGACUUGACCAUCCUGGAAUUUGAUUAUUGUCUGUUGGGACCCUCGACAUUUUUUACGGAAGCACCUAAAAAAGAUGAAAAAAUUCAGAUCAAGGCGGACGGAUAUUGGUAUGAUGUCAAAGUUACCGCAGUCAAUGGUGAAAAUGUAGAAUAUGUUGAUUGGUCUUCGACUUCUGACACAGAAAGCCCAACAAACGAUGAGACUUUCUCUGAAGAAAAUGAUGAAGAUGAAGAUGGACCAAUAGGCUUCUCUGAUGACCAACUUGCAACACAAGAGAAAACUAACAGUAGAAAUUGGUGUCCGUGGAAGCGUGGAGUGACAAAUUUGGAAAUCAGGCCUUACCGCUGCCUCCACAUUGGCGAUCUUGUUGAGGCACCUGUUGUAUACCCAGACUAUCUCUUCCGUUAUUAUGGUCUUGAAGAAUCACAACUUUACCUCCCAGCUCGCAUUAUUGAUGUUCAGGGUGACCAGUAUCGGGUCAAGUUCAAUCCCACUGUCGUUGCUUACGCUUGGUGGCCUAAUGAUAAUGAAUAUCCACGUGGACCUAAUUCCAAAGAGACUGUUAAGAAUCCGAUUGUUGACACAGAGGUUAUGGUGAGCAUGGAUAGGGUUCGCCCUUACGUUGCUGGUGGCUCACAUCCUGUUUUGGGGCCACAAUCAAUAAUACCACAGAGCUGGUCAGUGUUUCAGGGUGCCCAGUUUAGAGACGUUCAACAAGUUGAAGAAAAAAUCCUGUGGAAACAGUAA